AUGUCACUCAAACGCGUCGGUGGCAAAUCAGACGGCGGCGUCGACUUGCUCGGCUGGUGGUGGCUUCCUCUUAGUUCAGAUUCCCAAUCUACCCCAAUCACACCUCCCCGUAGACGCAUACGCGUCCUUGCGCAAUGCAAAGCGGAAAAGAAGAAAUUCUCACCAAACUACGUUCGCGAGAUGGAGGGCGUAUGGCAUAUGCACGCUCAAGACCGCUCCCCAUCUGGAUCCCCUACGCCCGUGUCUGAACUGGGUACAGUGGCGCUCCUCCUCUCAGAAUCAAAAUUCACCACCGCAACCCUCACCCGCGCACUCGGAUCCAGCGUCCCCUUUCUCCUCAUGCACCUCCCUCCCCCUCCGCUAGUUUCUUCUGAUCCAGAUGUUGAAACCACGCUUGGAGAAGUCGGGUCUGCUUUCUGGAAUCCUGCUCUUGGUGGUGCGCAGGGUCUUCUUCGCGGGGAACUUGAUGUUCGAUGGGAACGUGAUUUGGGAGGUGGUGGGCGGCCUGGGUUGUGGUGUCUGGAUAUAUGUCUGGUCCUGGGCUCAAGCGAAGUCCAUAUCUUAGCGCUCGCCGAUAGAUUUGGUACGAGUGGUGAUAUGUAAGACGGAACAAACCGAGCAUGAAAAUCUGAGUGUUUAGCAGAUCCACCCACCACCUCCACCAUCUCUUAUCCUCGACUUUUAUUUUGCGCAUUACUAAUAUCAAGGCUUCUUGUCUACCUCUCGGUAAAGCACAUCGUCUUUUCCCGAUCAGGAUCAUGCUCCGCCAAGAGGCUGAGUCAAGCACGUCACCCAGAGGGAGCGAAGUGUUGUUGAACUCAUCAGCACGUAUGAGACCUGUAGCGGGAGAGAAGGAUCCACCAUCAUAUGGCGCACAGCACCGCCAGGAUGCUCUUUGGGAAGGCGGGAAUGGAGUGCUCCCUCCUCGAUGGCAUCAGUAC